GCCGGCGUACCUUUGUCAACUUCUUUCUUACAAUGCAAGUUCUCUUCUCCUUCUUCUUCUCUUUGUUUCUCUGUUUCCUUGUCAUCUUCUCUGAGACUCUUGAAGACGACACGAAAGCGAAAACCGGAGUUACCUGCAGCGAAAACCGGGACCGGUUUGUAUCCGUUAGAUUGCCUGGGGUUGGAUUCAACGGUUCGAUCCCACCUCUCACCAUCAGUCGUCUCUCCUCUCUCAAGACUCUUAGCCUUCGAAAGAACUGACUCACCGGAGAGUUCCCUCGUGAUUUCAUCAACCUCAAGAAGCUGACUCAUCUCUACCUUCAGCAUAACCGCCUCUCGGGUCCACUGCCAUCGAUUCUCUCGGAGUUAAAGAAUCUCAAGGUUCUUGAUCUGUCCAACAAUGCAUUCAACGGAAGCAUCCCGCCUUCUCUUCUCUUUCGGGUUUGACCAGCCUUAGAGUCUUGAAUCUUGCAAACAACUCAUUCUCAGGUGAGAUUCCUGAUCUCCAUCUUCCGAGGCUGACUCAAAUCGACCUGUCCAACAACAAGCUCGUCGGUGCAAUACCGAAGUCUCUCGAGAGAUUCCAAAGCUCAGCGUUCUCUGGCAACAACAUAACAUCACAAGAGAAACAACAACACAAGACUCCUUUCGGGUUAAGCCAGCUUGCUUUCUUGCUGAUUCUAGCUGCAGCUUGCGUUUUGGGCGUUUCCGGACUCUCUUGCAUAGUAAUAAUGAUCACUUGUUUCGGCAAGACAAGAGUCUCUGGGAAGCUGAGGAAGAGAGACUCGUCUUCCUGCGCAUCUAGAGAAACUGGAGAAGGAGGCAAAAUCAUCUUCUUCGGGGGAAGAAACCAUUCGUUCGAUCUAGAUGAUUUGCUGAGCUCGUCUGCUCAAGUUUUGGGGAAAGGAGCUUUUGGUACAGCCUAUAAGGUAACCAUGGAAGACAUGAGCACGGUCGUGGUGAAGCGAUUGAAUCAAGUCUCUGUGGGAAGACGAGAGUUUGAGCAACAGAUGGAGAUCACCGGCAUGAUCAGACACGACAAUGUAGCUGAGCUCAAGGCCUACUACUACUCCAAAGACGACAAACUCGCUGUCUACCGCUACUACGCUCAAGGAAGCCUCUUCCAGAUGAUGCAUGGAAACAGAGGAAUGCAUGAUCGAGUACCCUUAGAUUGGGACGCUAGGCUGAGAAUAGCAACCGGAGCAGCGAGAGGCCUGGCUAAAAUCCAUGAAGGGAGAUGCAUCCAUGGGAACAUCAAAUCCUCAAACAUCUUCUUAGACUCACAAUGCUACGGCUGCGUCGGCGAUCUCGGCUUAACAACCAUCAUGAGUCCUCUUCUUCCUCUUGCCUCCGGUUACCACGCACCUGAGAUAACGGACACAAGAAGGAGCACGCAGCUUUCGGAUGUAUACAGCUUCGGUGUGGUUUUACUCGAGCUCUUGACGGGGAAGUCGCCGGCGAGCCCGGUUUCGGAGACAGAACAGGGAGAGAAGAUGAAUUUGGCUAGCUGGAUAAGGUCUGUGGUGGUGAAAGAGUGGACAGGGGAAGUCUUUGAUAUGGAGAUUUUGAGCCGAUCGGGUUGUUUCGAGGAAGAAAUGGUUGAGAUGUUGCAUAUAGGAUUGGCUUGUGUUGCCUUGAAGCAGCAAGAACGGCCUCAUAUAGCUCAAGUUUUGAAACUGAUUCAAGAUAUUCGAUCGAUUGAUGCCGAAUGA